AACAAUUUUUUCCUUUUUUUCUUAGAUUUUUUUUCCUUGCUUAAAUCUUCUCUUCUGCAUUUCGUCUGAUCCUUCUUAGUCCUCACCAAACUCACCAACUCUCUGGUAUAUUUUAUUGCUUCAUUGAAAGAGUUUUUUCUUCAUCAUUUCCACCCCAACAUUCAUUUAUUUUUAUAUACAAGUUAGGAUUUACAAUAUAUCCUGAAAAGGUUCCUUCUUUCAAUCUGGAUCAUGGCGGCUAAAUCUCUGCUGCAUUCCGCUAUUUCACCAAAAUCUUCUUGUUUCUUCAACUCUCAAUCGAAUUUGAUCAACUUGAGAACAUCCCACUUGGGGUUUAAGCCAAGAAGCCUCUCAACAGCCGGAGGCGUUAAAUGGGGAGAAAGUUUAAGUUCGUCUCUUUCAAUCACCAGAGAGGGAACAAGUUCGAAUAACAAGAAUAAACAAAGAGAAGGUGUUGUGAGGUGUACGGCGGAGGGAAUCGAGAGGACUUUAUUGAUCGGAGGAGGGAGAGGAGAAACGAAAGUUCUGGUGGCAGAAAGAUACAAGGUGGUGGCUUUACUUGCAUGUGUCAUGUGUUUGUGUAAUGCUGAUAGAGUCGUCAUGUCUGUGACUAUCGUUCCUCUCGCUGCCAAAUAUGGCUGGUCCAGCGCUUUCCUCGGUAUCGUUCAGUCAUCCUUUUUAUGGGGAUACAUCUUCUCCUCUGUGAUUGGAGGGGCUUUGGUGGAUAAAUAUGGAGGAAAAAGAGUGCUGGCAUGUGGGCUGGUAUUGUGGUCUCUGUCUACACUUCUCACUCCAUGGGCUGCCAAUAAUUCCACGUUUGCCCUCUUAGCCGUUCGCGCCUUCUUUGGACUGGCCGAAGGUGUGGCUCUGCCAGCCAUGAGUAUCCUCUCAUCAAGGUGGUUUCCGAGCCAUGAGCGAGCAAGUGCAGUUGGAAUCUCCAUGGCUGGAUUUCACCUUGGCAAUGUUGUUGGUUUAGUUCUUACUCCUAUUAUGCUGGCAACAACUGGGAUUACUGGCCCUUUCUUUCUCUUCUCUUCUCUUGGGCUGCUAUGGAUGACUUCAUGGUCAUCUGUGGCCACCGAUGAUCCUGGAGACAGCCCUUUUAUCAGCAAAUCAGAGCUGCGAUUAAUUCAAGCUGGAAAAAGUGAGUCCAUCCGAAAGAAAGGAAAGCUUCCAUCGCUCCGACUGCUAUUAUCAAAAAUGCCAACCUGGGCAAUAAUUUUGGCUAAUAUCACUAACAAUUGGGGAUACUUCGUUCUUCUAACAUGGAUGCCGAUUUAUUUCAAAACGGUAUUCAAUGUGAACUUGAAGCAAGCAGCUUGGUUCAGUGCCGUGCCAUGGGGGACAAUGGCAGUUUGUGGCUACGUCGCGGGUAAAGCAUCAGAUUCCUUAAUCAAAGCAGGCUACCCGGUGACUUUAGUCCGAAAGAUUAUGCAGUCUAUCGGUUUCAUCGGACCUGGGGUGUCGUUGCUCUGCUUGAAUUUCGCCAAGUCGCCCGCAGUUGCAGCUACACUAAUCACAGCUGCACUAAGCUUUAGCUCUUUCAGCCAGGCAGGAUUUCUCCUUAAUAUGCAAGAAAUAGCUCCAGAUUGUGCAGGAUUCCUCCAUGGAAUUUCUAAUUCAGCAGGAACAUUAGCUGCAAUAGUCAGUACAAUCGGAACCGGCUAUUUUGUUGAAUGGCUUGGGUCCUUUCAAGCAUUCCUCUCCGUGACGGCAUGUCUGUACUUAGCCGCAACCCUUUUCUGGAACCUGUAUGCGACCGGUGAACGCGUCUUCUAAUCCAAGAUGCCCAGAAAUAAGACUUGUAUAAUGAACAGGGAACAUAAGGAAGAAGAAAGUUCACUUAGACUACUAAAAUCUUGGUUUAGACGGUGGAGGAAUUUCAGGAAUGUACAGUUGAGUUCAUUAUUCUUUUGUAAUAGGCAAAAAUGCCUCACAUAAUGUGAAGUUACAAGUAAGUUUUUUUUUUUUUUCUUCUUUCAGAAUCAGAUAAAGAAGAAAAAUAAUAAUUUUUGUAUUAACUUUGUGAAACUGAAAUUACAAAUGUAUUUAAAUAAUCAACUUCAUCCA